CACGGAGUUGGAAGCAGAAUUUUUAAGAUCCGGUUCGGUGCGAUUCAAAGAACGCGGUGAACGAUAGAUCCUCGUCACGUGGUCAUAACGCGUCUUAUUGAGCGACGCGCCAUCGGCGCACGGAUUGGACGGGACGGGCCACGUGACCUUUCGGAACGUCAACUGUGACUACCGUCUGCUGGUGCUCGGGCGGAUUUCUCAGCAAACCUUCCACGAACAAAGGAUAAACUUUUGCCUUGGUCGAAGUUGCGAAUUUCCUCUUACUGAGGGAUCGCUUAGUCUCCCCGACCUUCGAUCAGUACAUUUGUGAUACAAGUUUCGGUGCAGUGAGUGUUCGCGAUAAAUCAAAUUUCGCCGUUCAAUCGAGAUAUUUACCCGGCGGCGACUACUUGACAGUUCCUCGAUCGUCUUCGAGUCAGUGACACGGCUUCGUCGCAGAACCGUUGGAUUUCGGUUUCAAAGUCCAUCGCGGCCCUCGACCACGGUCCGUUCGAGGACGACGCGUUUUCGCGACCUUCGUAUAUGUCGUCGAGAAACAAUGUGUACCGACAUGGUUAAGUGAAUCCUCGAACAGAAUAUAGAGUGGAUCGUAGUCUUGUCUUUGCUAUCAGUAAAUUUCAAAGUCACGUCCGCGUUGGUCCGGUGUCGCGGCAAUUUCGAAACAGCCCAAACGCGAGAGCGGUCAUUGCCUUUUUGGCCUUUCGAGAGCGAUUCGAUUAAAAAUUGAUACGAAGAUGUACAGCAUGAACUACAUCGGGAAAUUUAUCAGUAAUUUCCGAGACUUCUACAAUGAAAUAAAUGCGGCAACGCUUACCGGUGCCAUCGACGUCGUCGUCGUUGAGCAACCGGACGGAUCCUUCACUUGCUCGCCUUUUCACGUGCGUUUCGGGAAACUUGGUGUACUUCGUUCCAGGGAGAAAGUGGUGGACAUAGAGAUAAACAGCGAACCAAGACAAAUUCAUAUGAAACUAGGGGACUCUGGAGAAGCAUUCUUUGUAGAAGAAGUUUGUUCCGAUGGUUCUCCAACAGAUACAGAAAUUCCACCUCAUUUGGCGUGCUCUCCCAUUCCAGACGAUGCAUGCUUCCCACCAUCCCGAUUCAAUGUUCUCUCCGAUCUUCCUAUGGAGCAUAAGGAGAAGAUUCUAGAAGAAUCUGUUUUGUCCAUAGAGAAAGAGAAGUGGGAACAAAUGUCUGCUCUACCUCCGGAUCAACGAGAAAGGUUUUUGAUCGAACAAUUUUCAGACCUUCCGGCAGAAAGCAGGGAAAAGUGGCUUGAGAUCGCUUCUCUGACAGCUGAAGAAAGGGAUGAAAUGUUCAAAGAGAAUUUUGGUAAUAUAUCCACCUUGCAGAAACAGAAAAUGAUUCGCGAACAAUAUUCUGCUCUGAAAAGCGAGGACAAAGAAAGAUUGUUCAAAGAAAAUUUUCCUGAAUUACCUGCCGAACAAAGACAGAAGUUCGAGAUAGCACUGUUGAGCGAUUGGAAAGAAAAAGAAGAGGAGAAGCGGGAUUCCCUAAAGAACGAGGAAGAAAUUUUUGACAUGGAUGGUAUAAAUGACGAUGAAACGCGUCCAACCACUGCGUCAACUCCUAAAUCGUUUGUAGCCGUAACCUCCUCCGAUAGAAUUCGUAAAAUCAGCGUAGUAAAGAACGAUUUCAGACCGAUCAUGGACGACCCGCAAAGUAGUUCGAAGGAGAAGUCCAGUGACGAGUCGAACACGUCGUUGAACAAGAAAAUUGUUAAAGACGAGCCCGUAGAAGAGCAUAAGAAUAGCAAUUCGACGAAACGAAAGCGAAAGAGGAAGAGCAUUAUGAAGAAGAAAGGAUCACAGAGGAAGACCAGCAACGGCAGUAGUAGCCAGACGGAAAUGAGCGAAAACGAUGUCUGUGUACCGGACGAAUCUCUCAGCGAAUCUAUGUUGAAGGGGCCUAGUCCGGUUGCCGAAAUAGAGAAUAUGAACGCCUCUGCCGAACCCGUCGUGUCCGUUCAAGAAUCGUGCGAGAAACGACCCGAGACAGACUUCCAUUUCUUCAGCGAUACAGAAGUCACAAAGAAUCAAGAUUCUAGACCGUGUUCCCCAGUUCAGUCUGACACAGAGUUUGAAAUGCGAAAAAUCACGCAAGACAGCGCAGAAGGAGAAGAAGAUAAAAGUCUUCAGCAGAGCUGGAAAUGGGGCGAAUUACCAACUUUACCCCCAGACACAGCUCAUACGUCUCACAGGAAUUCGUUGAAUUCUUCGACCACUGUUAAUCAACCGAACAACACGGAAGCACAUCGGUCGAUGCUCAGUGGAAUGUUCUCGUUUAUGAAGAAGACUUCUCGUGUAAGACACAAUCCAGAGUCCGGGGGAAUUUACCUCAGCGACAUAAAUGCUGAUGAACUGGAUCCCGAAGUCGCAGCUCUUUACUUCCCUACUUCUCACAGAGGUCCGACCGCGGCGAAAGACGGGAAAAUGGUGGACGAAGAAGAUACCGAAUCGGGCAAUGGACCGAGUUUACCGCAAAGUCCAAACAGUGUUGUGGGAGCUAUUGGAGGGCCAAAGUCUUUGGACAGUGACUUCGAAGAACCAAAACAUACUAUGUUUGACAACAACAUGGACAUUAGUCUAUCUCUGUGCGGUGGUUUGGAUUCGGAACACGGCCCGUCCAAGGAGGCUUUCCAUCAAAAUUUGCUUCAAUUCGAGGACGUCUGUUCGGAUCCCAAGUUGUACGAAAAUCCGAAUUUGGUUGUAAAAAUCAGCGGAAAGUUUUAUAAUUGGCUUACUGCCUGUCCCAUCGUGAUAACUUACGCUGCUUUUCAACGGCACUUGCCGCAAAAUACAAUCGAGAAUCUGUACGCUCAGUCUAUGCCGUUGCCGAUGCACGAAGAGAAAAAACAAGAGAACAAUGGUAAACCUGAAACACGCAGCGGUUACAGUUCCUGGUUUUCGUGGCGACGUUCCACGCAGCCGUCUAAAAAGGCCCAGGACCUUAGUCAAACCGAUGGAGGUGGAGUGAAUCUACAGGCUUCGGAACAAUCGGUUGGUGCAAAGGAAAACAAUCUGAUGGACGAAAUGUCGAGCAGGGAUGGAAAGAUCGAUCAAGGUGCCGAAUCUAUGCCUGUAGUCGAGACUGGAGAAGAAUGUACCAAACCAACGAAAGAUAUGGUCAAGACCGAGAAGAACCGGGAAAGAGAAGGUGAAGGUUACAGCGGCAGCGAAGAUUCCGAUAGCAAUCAAAACGAGUCACAGGGGGUUAAGAUACCCAAGGAAAGAAGAUCUUAUUACGAGUCGACUGAAAAAUACCGCAAAACACUGAGAUUAUCAUCUGCGCAAAUAGCGAGUCUUGACUUAAAACACGGGGCCAACGAAGUCGUUUUUAGCGUGACAACGGCUUACCAAGGCACGACCCGUUGCAAGUGUCACAUUUAUAAAUGGAGAUGGGACGAUAAGAUCGUGAUCUCCGAUAUCGACGGAACUAUUACGAAGUCUGACGUGUUGGGUCAUAUUUUGCCAAUCGUUGGCAAAGACUGGGCCCAAUCAGGGGUGGCUCAAUUAUUUACAAAAAUUAAAAAUAACGGCUACAAAUUACUCUAUCUGUCGGCAAGAGCAAUCGGGCAAGCCAGGGUUACCAGAGAAUACUUGAAAAGCAUCAAACAGGGUGACUUGUCGCUGCCCGAAGGCCCGUUACUUCUAAAUCCGACCAGCUUAAUUUCAGCAUUCCACCGCGAAGUCAUAGAAAAGAAACCCGAGGAGUUUAAAAUAUCCUGCCUCAGCGAUAUUCAAGCAUUAUUCCCGGAGGGCUCCAAACCUUUUUACGCUGGUUACGGAAACCGGAUUAAUGAUGUUUGGGCAUACAGAGCUGUUGGUAUUCCGACAAUGCGAAUAUUCACUAUAAAUCAUAGAGGUGAACUGAAGCAUGAGCUAACACAGACAUUCCAAUCCUCUUACUCAAAUAUGAGCUACAUAGUCGAUCACCUAUUCCCAGCCUGGAGGGUAGACGCCGCGGACGAGUUUAGUAAUUUCGCGUAUUGGCGAGAUCCAAUACCAGAACUGCCGUUGCUGGAGGAACUUUAUGCUCAAACCCGGAUUAUCUGCUAAGGAUUAAACGUGUACGUGUUUUGCAAUCCACGCAAAACGAUAUUUUGUUCGUAAUAAGAAAACGAUCGUCGUAUUUAGCUACUUUUUAUACUCCACGUAUAUACACAUAUAUAUCGGCUACAGUGUUGUUGUUGACUGGUGCGACAUUUUUUUAAUGUGUUUGCAACGCGAUCGUAGGCUUGGCAUUUGAUGUAUUCGGUUUGUCGAUAGACGCUAAAAACAACGAUAGACACGCGAGAAACAAUUCUUGCCAUUGAUCUAAAAUCUAAACGAUUUACGAAUAAUACGAGAUAUCUAAUAAUCGUCAACGAUUCGAUUCAGCUACAUUCCAAUUCGAUUAGAAUAGGAGAACCGUUACUUACUAACGACGCUUACUUGAUAUUAAGCUACGUCCGUAUUAUUUGCGACGAAACUCUUGGAAACGGUCACGUGUUGUGCUCGAUACGAUAUAUAUCCCGCAGGUAACCGAUCGAUAAUCGAACCACUCUCGAUACCGAUCAGAACAAUAAAAACGUAGUGACAGUUUGCGCGUGAAAUGGUCUGAGUUGAUCACAAAACGAUUGUGCGUGCAUAAAGGAAUCGUUGGUUCGUUAGUAGACUCGCGAGGAAAGUUACUGAAUAUUCGCACUUCGCUACUCGCGUUCCUUUCAAGACGCUUUUCUUUCGUUUUAGUCGAAGCACCCCGAUGGUAAGAAACUUUUAAUCGAAAUUACCUCUAGCACACGGGAGUCGAGCUGCGUAUUGUAAUAUAAUUUAAACAUCUAUCCUUAGUUUAUUUUUAUCGAACGUUUCAUUUAAGGAAUCCUUAUUUAUUUUUAUACGAGAUCUCUGUGGAAUUAGUGUGCUGUGAGAUUGCCAUAUCUUAGGACUUAGAAUGAUAAUCAUUUGUGUAUUGCGAUAUUUCGAUCCAACUAGUGCUUGGUAAACAAACAGCCAGGACCCCCCGAUCACCAGUGUACAAAAACGAGUAGUUCGUGAUUCGCAAGAAGAAAAAUUCUUUUGUUUGUAUAUUUCCUUAUACUGAGUUACUUUGAUUUAUAGUUCAAUUCAUUUCUAACUCACACACUGGAUCGCUCACGAGUUGUCGUUUUACACGACACCACGUUUACGUACACCCGUGUCUUUCAGAAUGUAUCAUCGAAGCACGCGUUAAUAGAAUAAAAUAAGUUGUCGUUUCCUACAACAAAACUAGUG